CUAAGAGCGCGUACACAAAUUUUACCCAGUUUACUGAAAGACACGUCAACUACGUCUGAACGACGCCAUGGAAAUUAACAUAUGUUCAUGCUGAAUCAUGUUCUGUUGAGCCGUUCCGCUUCCCCUCCUCACAUCCACCCCUCUCCAUUCAUCCACCGAAUCCCGUUCUCCAUUAACCCCGACUCUGGUGGGUAUAUAAGGUUUGGAUCCGCAUAUUUUUGGCAAAUAUGUAUGUUCCUUCGCUUCCUAUUUCUCUCUCAAUCAAAACGAUAACAUCGUCGACUUUCGAUUUUGGAAAACCCUAACUUUAAAUUUCCAGAUUAUGUGUCUUCCUUUAAGACGGUGGGUUUUCAGACGACGAUAACAAUUAUUUUUGAAGAAACUUUGUGCAACACGUUUCAAUUCCAUCUAGAAACUAUAUGAACGAAAGAAUAGAGGAAUGAAAUCAAGAGAAGGUGAAAAAGUUUAUUACAUCAAAAGGAAAAGAUUACAGCUAGAAUGAUUCAACUGAAACUGAUAUGAUUUCUUGAAUUCAAAUGGAAAUUGGCAGUUUCUUCCGAUCCUACCAUGUACAAAGGUUAUUUUUUUUUAAUCUUUGAUCAGAAUUUUUUAUACAAAUGUAGAAGCACGUAAGACCAAAGCACAGAGGGUUUAUUAAAUUCAUCUUGGAUAAAAAGUGUUUGUGUCUGUGACUAUUCACCUCCAGGACUAUUAUUUGGAAAUGUAUUUGUUUGUUUUUGAGGCAUGAGCCUAGAACACUCUUGUAGUCGUAGUCCUAUUAUAUUUUGAUAGUGAAGUUGCUUUUGAUUCAUGAUUGGAACACAUUAAGUUGUAACUUAUUAAAAAAAUGAAUGAAAUUCACUUAUUUAUAUUUAUAUUUUUUAUUUUAAAACUCAGCCAAAAAGAUAAUAACAAACAUUUCAAUAUCCAAAUUCGAUAAAGAACAUAAAAUCCUAACAAGAAUUUCAAACAAGGCACAUAGCUUGGAAAUGAACCUUCUACUAAUGCCAUGUUGGGCUUAUUUGACUUGAAUCUUAUUUGAGUGGCCUCGAUUUUAACUUGGUAUCAAGGCGCAUCACUAACUUUUUUUUUAAAUCGAUGAGAAAAUAUUUUUUGUACAUGUCAAUAAUGAUUCCGUAGCUUCCAUAGCCAUGGACAUGGCAAAAGAUAGAAGUGGAAAUGACCGGGAACUGCAAAAGCUAUUAAAUGUGGACACUUAUAUGCUUUGUGUUAUAGAAGGUUGAUAUACUUCAUGAAAAAAAAAUUCAAAAUUAUCUUGCUUUAGGGGAUGCUGGGAAAUUGAAAUAGCUUAAGUGAAAUGGGUUGUCUAUUUGCAUUUUCAGUGCUAUGAAAGGGAUUUUUGAAUAAGUUGAAAACAUAAAGGAAUCAGAUCUACCAAGUGUAUUGAAUAGAUGAGCUCACUGCCUAGCGUCACAAAUAGUUUUUAUCCAGCCUAUUGAAUUUCUGUUGAAAUACGAUAUCUUUUUUUAGGCUUAUAAGGUUUUAAAAUUUGGUAGAAAUUAAUUUUUUUUCUGACAAUGACGCAAAAUGAAAAGGUUGAGGUUGUAAUUGACCUACUUGCAGUGGGCCAACAACUCGGCCAUGAAAUAUAGUACAUAAAUUCCAUUUUUGAUGCUCCUUUGAUUUAGUUGUUUGUUAUUCUUGUGUGUAUUAAAUUGAUUAAUUUUGGAUUUUCUUGUGCGUUUUAAUGGCAAGAACUGCCAUAGCGAAGCUUCUACUUGACGAUCCAAAAAACUAUUGAGGCUAAAAUUUCUGAUGCCAUCGUCGAAGAAAGAAAAAAGAAAAUUGGAGAUCUUUGGGCUGAAUGCAAGUAGCAAAUGGUUUAUCCUCUUCCUCUCACUCUAGGCUAGAGAGAGCGUGUCAAAUUAUGGUGUAAUUCUGAAAUAAAUUCUUCGAACUCCAGAUUUGUGUAGUCUAUCCGGUCAGAAAUGGCCAUCGGCGCCGUUAUAUCUCACCGGAACUUCACAUCUUUCAUCAGCUCAGGUAGAAUUCAUAAACCUGAACAAGAUACAACAUAUCAAAGAGCAGAGAAAUUAAGCUUUUCUUCUGCACAGCAUGUGCAUAGGAACAUGUAUUCAGAAAAACUAUACAGUCUAAAGAAGAUCCACUUUGUUUCCGGAUACUGGAAUGCCAUAUCUUCUCAUGGUGUUCAUCUUUCAACAAUCCCACAAGAAAGCAAAAAGUUCCAAAUCAGAAAUCAUAGACGAAUAGCAAGAUGCAAUUGGAUUAAACCAGAACAGCUAAAACAUGACAGUAUAUUCAAUAGGCAACCACGACAUACUACAAUUAAUAGAAUUCGGGCAAACUAUAAAUCUGAGGAGUAUGACGUGGCAGGAACAGAUUUGGAUUCACUUGUAGUAUCAUCAGAAGGAGGAGCAAGUGAGGCUGUUUUAGUUGGAGAAAUACAAGAAACAAAUCAGUUUCCAAAGCGCUGGGUGAUAGUACUUCUUUGCUUUUCUGCUUUUCUGCUAUGCAAUAUGGACCGUGUGAAUAUGAGCAUAGCAAUACUGCCUAUGUCAAAGGAGUUUAACUGGAACAGUGCUACAGUUGGUCUAAUUCAGUCUUCUUUCUUCUGGGGUUAUUUACUUACUCAGAUUGUUGGAGGUAUAUGGGCAGACAAAAUUGGUGGUAAACAAGUACUUGGUUUUGGAGUGAUCUGGUGGUCGGUUGCAACGGUUUUAACUCCAAUUGCUGCCAAAAUCGGACUUCCUUUCUUGCUUGUGAUGCGUGCGUUCAUGGGAAUUGGGGAGGGUGUUGCAAUGCCUGCUAUGAAUAACAUACUCAGCAAAUGGAUUCCAGUCUCGGAAAGAAGUAGAUCAUUGGCAUUGGUGUACAGUGGAAUGUAUCUAGGCUCUGUUAUCGGUUUGGGUAUAUCUCCCAUUUUGAUUCAAAAGUUUGCAUGGCCAUCUGUAUUCUACUCCUUUGGUUCCCUUGGAAGUGUCUGGUUUGCUUUCUGGCUGGCCAAAGCUCAUAGUUCACCAACAGAUGACCCUGAGCUUAGUGCAGAGGAAAAGAAGUAUAUCUUAGGUGGCAGUGUCUCAAAGGAACCCGUGACUGAAAUUCCAUGGAGACUUAUAUUAUCAAAAGCACCUGUUUGGGCUCUCAUUGUCUCCCACUUUUGUCAUAAUUGGGGAACUUUUAUUCUUCUCACAUGGAUGCCUACUUACUAUAACCAGGUCUUAAAGUUUAACCUUACUGAAUCCGGACUGUUAUGUGUAUUGCCAUGGUUGACCAUGGCUGUGUUUGCCAACAUUGGAGGUUGGAUUGCAGACACACUUGUUAGCCGAGGUUUUUCAAUUACCACUGUUCGUAAGAUAAUGCAGUCGAUCGGAUUCUUGGGCCCUGCUUUCUUUCUUACACAGCUGAGCCGUGUCAAGACACCUGCAAUGGCAGUGCUUUGUAUGGCUUGCAGUCAGGGAUCUGAUGCAUUCUCUCAAUCUGGCCUUUACUCCAAUCACCAAGACAUUGGACCCCGAUAUGCGGGAGUCUUGUUGGGGCUGUCUAACACAGCAGGAGUACUUGCUGGAGUCUUUGGUACAGCUGCAACUGGUUAUAUACUCCAGAAUGGUACGUGGGAUGAUGUAUUCAAGGUGGCAGUUGUGUUGUACCUCAUUGGGACUCUUGUUUGGAACCUGUUUUCCACUGGUGAGAAAAUUCUAGACUGAAUAAUAAUCAGAAUAGGGAAUUUAGAUAAAUUAAAGGCUAAAAUGGGGCUGUGACUGGUUUGCAUAAUUAAUUCACGUACCAUUUACAUGGAUCAUAUAUAUAUUUGGUAUGAUGAAUCAUGUCAAGAUGCAAAAGCUGUUGUUAUAUGUAAUGAAUGUGUUGAGGCUGUAAUUUUUAUUUAUUUUUAAUUGUAAACACAAAGACAAGAAGAAGACAGGAACAUAUCAAUUCAGUCG